AUGGGUCGAGUUCAAAAGAAAAACGCCAAAGGACGUUUAGACAGGUACUACUUUUUGGCCAAGGAAAAAGGCUAUAGAGCUCGUUCUUCUUUCAAAAUCCUUCAAAUUAAUGAGAAGUAUGGUCAUUUCUUAGAAAAAUCUAAAGUUGUGGUUGAUUUAUGCGCAGCACCAGGUUCUUGGUGUCAGGUGGCAUCUAAGCUCUGUCCAGUCAACUCUAUGAUUGUUGGCGUUGAUAUUGUCUCUAUGAAACCUUUGCCCAAAUGCAUUACUUUCCAAAGUGAUAUCACAACCGAAGACUGCAGGUCCAAACUUAGAGGCUAUUUAAAGACGUGGAAAGCUGACACUGUGAUGCAUGAUGGUGCACCCAAUGUUGGUUUAAAUUGGAUCCAGGACGCCUAUACACAAUCUCAGUUGGUCUUACAGGCACUCCGAUUGGCCGUUGAACAUUUAGUUCCUGGUGGAACAUUUGUAACUAAGGUAUUCAGGUCUAAGGAUUACAACAAUUUAAUUUGGGUUUUCAAACAGUUGUUCGACAAAGUUGAGGCUACCAAGCCUCCCGCUUCUCGUAAUGUGUCUGCAGAGAUCUUUGUGGUUUGUAAAGGCUUUAAAGCACCCCAAAAACUGGAUCCUAGAUUCUUGGAUCCUAAGGAGGUGUUUGAGGAGUUGCCAGAAGGCCCUGUUAAUAACGAAUCGAAGGUGUACAAUCCAGAAAUAAAGAAAAGAAGGAGACAAGGAUACGAAGAGGAUGAUUGGACACAAUUUCAUCCAAUGAAUAUUCUAGAGUGGGUUCAUCAAGAGGAAGAAGUUAUCAAUACACUAGGAACUGUUUCUAAGCUUGAAAUAGAUGAAAAGAGUGCUGAAUGGACUAUAUUGAAGAAAAUGAAGCAGACUACAAUAGAGUUUUAUGAAUGCUGUAAAGAUUUGAAGGUUCUAGGUAAGAAGGAUUUCAGAAUGUUAAUUCGAUGGAGAAAACACGCAAGAGAGGAGUUGGGACUUUUGGAUAAAAAGGAUAUGGAAAAGCCUGCUGUUGAGAUGGAAGAGCUUACAGAGGAUCAGAAGAUCGAUAAGGAGUUGGCAGAACUGAAGGAAAAAGAAAAGUUAAAUACCAGAAGAACAAAAAGAAGAAAGAAUGAGCAGAAGCAAAAGGAAAUGCAGAGAUUACAGAUGAAUAUGUUAACCGAUAUGCAAAUCGGUAUGGAGGCUGCGGAAAAUGGUGUCGAGUCUUUGUUCAGCUUGAAGCUUGCAGAAAAUACUGGACAGCUUAAGGAUUUGGCCAAAGGUAAGAAGUCUUUCAUUUUCAAUAACAAUGAUAAGGGGGCGGACAAAGACGAAAAUAAUACAAAAGUUCUAGAGUUUGAUAGCAAAGAGGAAGAGAUUGAUACUUUGGAGGAUCAGUUGAGUACAAUGUACGAUCAGUACAAGGAUGAUAAAAUGGAAAGGGACGCCAGACUUCGGGCUAGCACGGCCAGGGGUGAUGAAGAGGACGAGCCUUGGGAAGGUAUGAAAGAGGCUAAGACCGAAUCAUCCGAAGGAGAGUUUGAGAGUGACGAAGAUGAUGAAACUGAUAGCGACGACGACGAGGCUAUUAAUAAACUUAUCGAAAGCAUACGGGAGCAUAAGAAAAAAGGUCAGUUAGGUUCAAAGGCUUCCAAUUUCUUUAGUGAUUCUAUUUUCCAGGAUAUCGACUUGAAUGUUGCACCCGCAGAUGGAAAGAAGCAAAAUCAGCACGACGAACUUCAUCUUCCAAAGAAGAUCAUCGACAAAAAGGAUAGAAAAAAAGGGUCCGAAGCUACUAAAAAGGACGAAACGUUUGAGGAUGACGAUAGUGAGGAGAGCGAAGACAAUGAAGACAAUAAAGGAGGGUUCCAAACUGUUCCUAACAGCUACCACGAGAAAUUCAAUGAGGAUGAAAUGGACUAUGAGACGGACUCAGACGACGAGAAAAGUAGAGAGCAUCACAAAGCUGAGAUCGAUAUUUCUUCCGUUGAAGCUAUGACUCUGGCGCAUGAUUUAGCCAUUGGAAAGAAGUCUAAAUCGGAUAUCGUCAGUGAAGGCUACAAUAAGUACUCCUUCAGAGAUAAGGAUGGAUUACCGGAUUGGUUCCUUGAAGAUGAAGGUAAGCACAAUAAGAUCAACAGACCAAUCACCAAAGAGGCAGUAACAGCAAUGAAAGAAAAAAUGAAGUUGUUGAAUGCCAGACCUAUUAAGAAGGUGCUAGAGGCCAAGGGUAGAAAGAGAAUGAGAGCCGCCCGAAGAUUGCGACAAAUCAAAAGGAAGUCUGAAUCGAUUCUUGAGGAUGGUACAAAGACAGAAUCUGAUAAAGCCAGCGAGAUUCAGAGGGUAAUGAAAAAGAUGACAAAGAAACAGGACAAGCCAAAUGUCACUAUGGUGGUUGCAAGAGGACAGAAUAGAGGACUUCAAGGAAGACCUCAUGGUAUUAGGGGUAAAUAUAAGAUGGUUGAUGGUGUGAUGAAGCACGAGAUGAGGGCUCAGAAGAGGAUUGAGAAGAAGAAUAGAAAGCAUAAGCAUUGA